AUGGCCUCCAAGAUGCAGUCAUCAGCAGCCCUCUUCCUCGCCCUGAACCUGCUCUUCUUUUCCCUGGUCAGUGCCGGGAACUGCCCCUCGCCGCACAAGCCCAAGCCCAAGCCCAAGCCGUUCCCGACCCCGAAGACGCCGAUUCCCUUCGGGGGCAAGUGCCCCAUUGAUGCCCUCAAGCUCGGCGUCUGCGUCAACGUUCUUAAUGGCCUGCUCAACAUUCAGCUCGGCACCCCGCCGAAGGAGCCUUGCUGCAGCCUAAUUAAGGGGCUGGCUGACCUCGAGGCCGCAGUUUGCCUCUGCACCGUCCUCAAGGCCAACGUCCUCGGGCUCAUCAGUCUCAACCUGCCCAUCAACCUCAGCUUGCUGGUCAACUACUGUGGGAAGUCAGUCCCCACCGGCUUCAUCUGCCCUUGA